AUGGCGCACGAUCGUCCCGACUCCCCUCCUCCUCUUUCACCCUUGACCGUUCCUGUGUUGGGCGAAGGAAGACCGACUUACUCAACUGCACCAAGUAGGAGCCAUACACCCUUUCAGAAAAGAGCGCACUCACCAACUCCUUCCGAGGCCGAAUCUGAGUUCAAUCCGAAUUCAAACGCCAGUAUUCGCAGAGCAAUACUUAGUUAUGAAAAUCUAGUCACGCUUGCCGAUGCUCAGGAGCGCUUGAAAUAUGUUAUCGCAAACAGAAAAGAAACUCUCAAAGAGGCUAGAAAGAUCGUUUGGAGGGACCGUGGUGAACCGGUGGUCGAACUGGCUGACGUAGAAGAUUGUUUAAAGUGGGCACUCAAAGGCGGUUUUCGAGCCGCAGGCUUGGCUUUCAAUGUGAGAGCCGGCUUCAAUAUCGUCCUGGCAUUGAUCAGACUACCAUCAGUGCCCAAGAAACAUUGGGUAUCACUCAUACAACGUGCCAUCUUUGGUUUGGAUACCUGGAGAUUUGCAGCGAUGCUUGGUUCCUUCGUUUCCAUUUACAAAUUUCUAUUAAAUGCACUCCCGUUCUUAAUCCCCUCUAUUCGUGCGCCCUCGGAUGAGUAUCCCUCUGCUUUUGACGAUGAUGAUGAGACGCAAACACUCCCAACCACUACGCCAAUCAUGUCAACACAACGACGACGAAUGGAACGAUUCUCUCUAUCGACUCAAGCCCAGAGAAUCCUGAUACGUAAAAAGACGAGACGGUGGCAUUCGGCGCUCGCAGGUGCAGUCGCGGGUGGAUUAGGGGUUCUUUGGGAAACCAGAGGUAGACGAGUGACCAUAGCGCAACAAUUAUUUAAAACUGUCACUUACUUUCUUCAUAGAGGCCUUCAAGGAUCGUAUAACUUGUAUUCUAGCAAGUACAAUUUUCAUGUACCACAUGGAGAUGUUCUUGUAUUCUCACUUGUUUGCGGACAAAUAUUGUAUGGAUUCCUUUUGAGACCAGAUUCUCUACCUCGAUCGUACACUAAUUGGGUGGCCUCCGCUGCGAAAGUGCCUCAUGCAUGUUUGCGUAUGAACUACGACAUGGUUCGAAAUCAUACAGUGAAUUUCAAUGAUGUAGAUUCCAUCAUUGCACGAUCAGAAACAACCCCUUCAAACAAAGCGUUGCUUCUAAACCUAAAAGAUACAUUCCUAAAAUUGCAGACACUAUCACCAGGCGACCCAGUCCCAUAUUUUCCGCAUUAUGCUACUUGCUCUGCUAUUCAUCCUGCUCAGAGCUCCUGCUGGUCGGUACCCACUACAAGAUUCUUUGAAGUCGCGCGAUGGAUGCUGCCAAUUUACGGCGCGUUACAUUUUGUACCUGCGGUGCUAUUCAAACGGUCCACGUUCAUGCAGAAUCCGUGGAAAGUCUUAAUGAAAGCAGCUAUAGGAACUGGCAGAAGCAGUGCUUUUCUUGGAAUAUUCGUUAUCAUCUAUCAAUCUAUAAACUGCUUCAAGAAUCAAUCACACGAAUACCUUUCCACUUUAUCACCCUCCUCUCCUCUUUACCCCCUUGUCCAGAAGAUGCCCAAGUCCGUUAUCGACCUCCUCAUUUCUAAAUAUUCCUUUUUUGUUCCCGGGCUUUUUUCUGGACUAGCCUUGUUCGUAGAAGAGAAGCGUAGGAGGCCAGAGCUGGCAAUGUAUGUAUUGCCCAAAGGAUUGGAAAGCCUUUGGAUCGUUGCCACUGGUAAGGUGGGGUUGAAGCGAUGGAAAGGCGGGGAAAGUCUCUUGACAGCAAUUGGGAUGGCCAUGGUUAUGAGCACUUACCAGAAUGAUCCCCAACAUCUUUCAGGACUGGUCAGAAGGAUACUUUACCAGUUCAUAGGUCCUAAUUAG